AUGGCGAUGGAGGGUGUCCCCGUCCCCGAGCGGACCAAGACAAAGAUCGCCCGGGACGUGAAGCUCCUCGACAAGAUGAAGAAGGCGAAGGAAGCCCGCGCAAAGAAGGUACAUGCACAGCGUCAUGCGCUCAAGAUGAGGACGUACAAGUAUGUGAGCGAGUACAGGAAGGAGAGAGAGAACCUCAUCAAGCUGAGACGCGAGGCCAAGGCCAAGGGAGGCUUUUACAAGGAUCCCGAGGCCAAGGUGAUCCUGGCCACCCGCAUCAAGGGUAUCAACAAGCUUGCUCCCAAGCCGAAGAUGAUUCUGCGCCUCUUUCGGUUGCGUCAGCUCCACAACGCGGUCUUCAUCAAGGUCAACAAGGCCACCAUUGAAAUGUUGAAGGCUGUCCAGCCCUUCAUCACCUACGGCUACCCGACCCUGAAAACAGUGCGCCAGCUCGUCUACAAGCGUGGCUACGCCAAGGUCGGCAAACCCGGCGCCCACUCGCGCAUCCGCCUUCAGGCGAAUGACAUCGUCUCGGAGCAUUUGGGAAAGUACGGCAUUCAUGGGGUCGAGGACCUCGUCCACGAAAUCUACACGUGCGGUCCGUACUUCAAGCAGGCGAACAACUUCCUGUGGCCGUUUAAGCUCAGCUCUCCCCGCAAGGGCUUCAAGAGCAAGCGCCACGGCUACAACGAGCCCCGCAAGGGAGACUGGGGCAACAGAGAGGAAAUGAUCAACGAGUUGGUUCAGAGAAUGAUCUAA